AUGUAUAUACCCCGUCUUCAAUUCGUUGGUACUAAACGAACGAAAGCUUAUCGUAAUCUGAAUAAUUCAUCACUGAUAGGCUUUGGAUCGGACAUAUCGUAUACAUCAUCAAAACAAUCGCAAUCUGCCGUGAAAAGUUUUAAUGUGAAAGAUUUAGUAGAAAUUCCAUCAAAACGUUCAUGCCGACGUGGUUGGUUGUUCCCAUUUAGUAUUGGAAUUUGCUGCUUGUUAAUCACUGCUAUUACAGUACCUGCUCUUCUGGCUGUACUCUAUUUCAAUAAACAGACGACUACAUCGACUUCCACUUCUACCAGCACUACAGUUUCCACUACUACUUAUUUACCAACAUCUUGCAAUGCGACCUGUAAUAUUACCAGUCGAGCUGCUCUGUCAAGUUAUACAGCAGUAUGGACUUUUGAAAGCAAUUUGAACGAUAUUCUUAAUGUAGGAAUUCAUAUCUUCCAUUCAUAUACAUCCGAGACUGUCUAG